AUGACAAGAAUUGAAGACUUAGAACGUCCUUGUCAACACAAACUCAUUACUGAGAAAUAUGGGUUUCCAACUGUUUCUCACUUGAUUAACUUCUAUGAUUCCUUGCACAAGACGGAAAAUUAUGCACUUACUUGCGUUGAGGUUAAACGCAUUCAUGAAUGUUACUCCCCUGCGGAAUUGGCUGUGAUUUUUCUACUCUUGGCCCAACCUACUUCUAUUCGACACGCCUUCGCCUCCCGGGUGCAAGCCCUUCCACCAACGAUCGUCGAUGGUGUCCCACGUCGCACACCACUUACUUUUGAUUUAUUCCAGUCGGUAUGUGCGUCUGAAGCUUUGAGAGAACCAAAGAAAUCGACCACUGAAAUGACUCUUGCUACUUUCAACAACAGACGACCAUUCGGCAUAGGUAACAAAAGACGAUUUUCGUCGCGUAAAUUUAUCUGCUAUAACUGUGGUAAGCCGGGUCACGGUAUUUCUGAUUGUCAACAGCCACUUCAAAAACCUUUUCGAUUUGCCCCUAAGAACAAGUAUAUUAAACAUAAUGAUGAAUACCCAGUUUCUGCUCUGGGUUCUUCUGAUGCUGCCUAUUUAGCUGACUCGAAAUAUAUGUCAUUCUUACCUUGA